AUAAUCCUAAAAACCCCAUUUUCAGAUCUCCUUCUCCAUAGAUCCUCUUCCUCUCUCUCUCUAAACAGCUUUUUUUUUUUUAUAGUGAGAGAAAUAGAGGAUUUUCAAGAAUCAUAAACAAAAAUGGCUUCUUUAUCAAACACCUUAUCAUUGUCAUCAUCAAAAUCCAUUGUUCAAUCUCACCUCCAUAACAAUCCUUCACCUCAACAACCUCGUAUUUCUCUUAGACAGCGCCACCACAUCUCAGCCGUACACGUGUCAGAUCCUGCAAAAACUAAGCAAAAAUGGAGUCUUGAUAGUUGGAAAACCAAGAAAGCUUUGCAACUUCCUGCAUACCCAUGUGAAAAAGAACUUGAAAGUGUUCUUAAAACACUUGAAUCAAGCCCACCACUUGUGUUUGCUGGUGAGGCUAGGAGUUUAGAAGAGAAACUUGGUGAAGCUGCAUUAGGGAAAGCUUUUUUAUUGCAAGGUGGUGAUUGUGCUGAGAGUUUUAAGGAAUUCAAUGCUAAUAAUAUUAGGGAUACUUUCAGGAUUUUGCUUCAGAUGAGUGUUGUUCUAAUGUUUGGUGGUGAAGUCCCUGUCAUUAAGGUUGGAAGAAUGGCGGGUCAGUUUGCAAAACCAAGAUCAGAUCCAUUUGAGGAGGUAAAUGGAGUGAAGCUACCAAGUUACAAGGGUGACAAUAUCAAUGGUGAUACAUUUGAUGAGAAGUCAAGAAUUCCAGACCCUCAUAGGCUUAUUAGGGCUUACAUGCAAUCUGCUGCGACGCUUAACCUUCUUAGGGCUUUUGCUACUGGAGGUUAUGCUGCAAUGCAGAGAGUCACUGAAUGGAAUCUUGAUUUUGUGGAGAACAGUGAGCAGGGAGAUAGGUAUCAAGAACUUGCUCACAGGGUGGAUGAAGCGUUAGGAUUCAUGGCUGCUUGUGGACUCACACUCGAACACCCUAUCAUGUCGACUACUGAUUUCUGGACAUCCCAUGAGUGCUUGCUUCUUCCUUAUGAACAAGCACUUACAAGGGAGGAUUCAACUUCUGGUCUUUUCUAUGAUUGUUCUGCUCACAUGGUUUGGGUUGGGGAACGAACUAGGCAACUAGACGGUGCUCAUGUCGAGUUUUUGAGAGGAGUAGCAAACCCUCUUGGCAUAAAGGUGAGCCAAAAGAUGGAUCCAAACGAGCUAAUUAAACUCAUUGACAUCCUGAAUCCAGCCAAUAAGCCUGGAAGAAUAACUGUAAUUGUGAGAAUGGGUGCUGAGAACAUGAGAGUGAAACUUGCCCACUUGGUCAGGGCGGUACGAGGAGCUGGUCAGAUUGUGACAUGGGUUUGUGACCCAAUGCACGGGAACACCAUCAAGGCACCAUGUGGACUCAAAACCCGUGCUUUCGAUUCAAUCCUGGCUGAGGUCCGAGCUUUCUUCGAUGUGCAUGAGCAAGAAGGUAGCCACCCUGGAGGUAUCCAUCUAGAAAUGACGGGGCAAAAUGUGACUGAAUGCAUCGGCGGAUCAAGAACAGUAACCUAUGACGAUUUGGGCUCUCGUUACCACACACAUUGUGACCCAAGAUUGAAUGCUUCCCAGUCUCUUGAACUUGCCUUCAUCGUAGCUGAGCGACUAAGAAGACGAAGAAUAGCCUCUCGACGCGGCCUGUAGGCUUCUCUAAUUUAUCCGUAUUUUUUUAAUCUGCAGUCUUGUUCUCUUGUGAACCAAUGUUUCUUGUUGAAAGACAUGAAGUAAAUAGGUUUCCUGCAGAGCUCAAUGGGGAAGUGAACGAGUAAAAUUAGUCGAUCUAUCGGGUACCCUUUCUGUUUAUUUUAGUUGGACCGUAAGUUUAGGGUAUAAGGGGGUUCAAUUUAUUUAUUUUCCUUUUCUUGA